UCGCGUCUAUUUAUAGCACAGUUGCCGCAGACACGGCAGAAUGGCAUUGGUAAUAAAGAACGCAUUCAGGAUAAAAGUCAGGAAUUGCAAUACCCCCAGGACCCAGUAUUUAGGAGCGCUACCUUAUUUUGCUCUUGGAUGUGGGAGAAGGCUGAUUUGUGAGAAGGCACCGAAGACAGGAAAGAUGAAUGUGGUAACUGAAAGACACGGGACUAUUCUGACAAUAGGCAUUAACAGGCCUGAAGCCAGGAAUGCUGUUAACCCUCAGACAGCUGCUGAGCUUGUCCACGCAUUUGAUGAAUUUGAGAAGGAUAAAUCACUGACUGCAGCUGUUUUACAUGGAAUAGGAGGAAAUUUCUGUGCUGGCUUUGAUUUGAAGGUGGUAGCUAGCGGCUCAGAGUCUCUCAGAAUAGAACCAGAUGUCACCAAAGGGCCGGGUCCAAUGGGCCCUUCAAGAAUGCAAUUUUCCAAACCAGUAAUAGCCUCUGUCAGUGGCUACGCAGUAGCUGGAGGUCUUGAGCUGGCUCUUCUUGCAGAUCUUCGUGUAGUGGAAAAGAGUGCCAUACUCGGGGUGUUCUGCAGGCGUUUUGGGGUUCCUCUAAUUGAUGGAGGCACAGUAAGGCUACCAAAGCUAAUUGGACUUUCCAGAGCACUGGAUCUUAUUCUCACAGGACGGCCUGUCAAUUCGCAGGAAGCUUAUGAAUUUGGAUUAGCAAAUCGCGUGGUCCCUGAUGGCGAAGGCCUGAAGUGUGCGAUUGCGUUGGCACAGGAGAUAUCAGCCUUUCCUCAGACAUGCAUGCUUGGGGACAGGGCCUCAGCCUACUACAGCGCUUUUGAUGCUUCCAGCUUUGCAGAUGCUAUGCAAUAUGAAAUCAACAAAGGGAUGCAAGCUCUUAACCAAGAAAUGGUUUCUGGUGCACAAAGGUUCAGUGGAGGCGAAGGAAGAAGAGGAAGUAAAUUAUAAAGCACUACAAAAGAAAAAAAAAAUUAGAUACACAAUAAUAACAUUCCCAAACCCAUUGUUUUUGAAUAUUGAAAUAAUAUGAUGAAAUUAUGAUUAAUUCAAUAUAAAUUGAUGAAAUUCA